AUGGAGCAGCGCGAUGCUGGGCAUGGGGAGAGACCCCAUGCGAAAAGUGUUACUAUAUAUUACCACCAAAUGAUCAUCUCGCUUAAUCUUGUCAGGGGCAACAAAAAUAGAAAGAUACAGUCAUGCGAGAAAGAACUGAUGAGAAAUUUGAGAGGUGCAGAGAUAAAUCUGGAUUUAAGCUUCUAUUGA